AUGACAUACGCAGGUCUUCAGUUGUUCAUGAACAACUUGAAGGAGCUGAUUUACUGUAAAGAUAACCCACUGAUCAUCAACAGCCCUUCCAUUCUGUAUGAAACGCCUCAAUUCCAACAGCUUUAUGAAGAGCUUUGUCCCGUGAUCCAAAUUUUUUUUAUCGACCAAGAUCAAGACGAAAAGGUUAGAAAUCUCAAGAAAAGAUUCAAACAAGCUGCCAUCGAUCUCUUUCUGUCCAAUGUCCACUUCAGAAAUAAAGGACGUUUCACUAGAUUCUCCGUGGUCAAAAGAUCCCUGGAUCUUGAGGAAGUAAUAAAGUCAAUCAAGUCAAUCAAGGUUGAAUUCGCCAUGAUCACCAAUAACAAGAUGGGUUCACCACAGGUAAGUGAUCAAUCUCAAAUUAUUAUACAAUCCGCAUCUGCUGCUGAAUCUUCCUGCACAAGAAAAUCACUAGGAAUGAUGAAAGUAUCGGAAGAAACAGUUGUGGGGCUUGAUCAUCAUGCGGAGCUGAUACGAGACAAACUUGCGGAAGAUCGGAAGCAACUAGAUGUCAUCUCUAUUGUGGGUAUGGGUGGCCUAGAUCUUGAUAAAGCUAGCCAUUCUCGACUUCGUGAAGUGUUGUACAAGAGUCUAAAGGGUAAGAGAUAUUUGAUUCUCGUUGAUGAUAUCUGGAGCAGUGAGACUUGGGAUGAAGUGAAACGUUUUUUCCCAAAUGAUGACACUGGAAGUCGAAUUUUGCUCACUUCUCGCCUGAAUGAAGUUGCUUUGCAUGCGAUCUUUGGAGCCUUCAAACCCUCAUUGUUAAAACAGAUUUUAUACCAUUGGUGUUGCCAAGUACCAUAUCAAACUUGGUCAAACUGA